AAGGAAGGUCGAACAUGUGGUGCGCCGCGGCCGCGCCAACUCUCCGCUCGCCGGUCACGGUAUUUUCUGUGGCGGAGACAGGCGGCGCCACCGUUGACGCUAGAAAAUGGGGAAUUGAUUUGAUAUAGCACACGAGGAACUAAAUACUCUCCCUACUCUCUUCGGCGUUCUUCGGUUGUUGCUCUGUAUCCUUACCUACCUUCGUGGCAACCUGCGCUCGCGCCAUCAGCGCGUCGAUCCAUCAACUCCAUGGCGUGCAGCUUCCCGCCUUCCUCCGCCACGAGGCUCCAUGCCUUGGACGCCGCGGCGGCGGGGGUGAAGAACGGCAGGGUCCCCCUCAAGGCCUCCGUCGCCCCCGCGCAGAGGGCACUCGGUUGCUGCAGGGCGACCGCGCGGCAGGAAGGCGCUACACAGGAACCCAGUGUUGCAGCUUCUUCGGCCCGUGCACAGCUGGACCUCCUGGAGCAACUGACGUCCGCCACACCUGAUGACACUGCGGCUGGCCUGGAGAACGGCAUGCCUCCACCAGAACCGCGUCGGCGUGCUACCAUCCGCGAGCAGCUGUCAGCGCUAGCCAACGGUAAGGUCGACGAGUUCACCCUCCCACUGGGCAAGAGGCUGAAGGAAGGUCUGAAGAGGCUCAACUCCCUCACCGUGUCGCAGAGGAGGAACAUCAAGAGGCAGGCCCUGCUCACCCAGGUCAGCGGGCGGAACGACUCGGUGUUCUUCGCGACCGUUGGCGCGUUCGUGCUCGUCCCGCCUCUCGCCAUUCUAGCUAUCGGUGUCCUCACUGGGUAUAUCCAGCUCUUCCCAUGACCACCAAGAUGCUGCAUGCUAUUUAACUAGCUAUCUCCACACUGCCAUAUAUAUAUAUAUAUAUAUAUAUAUAUAUAUAUAUAUAUAUAUAUAUAUAUAUAUAUAUAUAUAUAUAUAUAUAUAUAUAUAUAUAUAUAUAUAUAUAUAUAUAUAUAUAUAUAUAGGACUGUAUAUAUAUGCACGCGUAGCAGUAUUUUGUAUGUGGGGUCAGCAGGUUUU